UCAGCUAGAAAUUGCGGUGAAUCUUUAUGUUGAAUGUAUUGCAUAUCGCAGUGACUUCUCUAGACAGAUGACGGUGUUUGACAACAGCUAUGUCACUUAAGAAAUUCCUCAUGAAAUACGGAUCGUCUGACCAGAGAAUUUUAUUCUAUGUGUUAUGUUUGAGCCUAUCGUGUUUUCUGCAGGUUUUGGGCUUCUUGCUUCCGGGAUGGGGCUUGUUGAAAGGUGAUUUAUUAACGAUUCAUGUGGGACUUUGGUACAGAGUUACGUGUAAGAAAGGGGAUGGAUGUCAGACGGAAUCCAUGGUUAUUGGUCAAGCUAACCAAGAUAAUGAUAUGUUGGAAUAUCAAAUAGAAACUUUUAUUUCACUCGCUGCGUGUGUCAUAGCCAUUACUUCUCUGGUGCGGUAUGUGAAAAAGAAAAUCACAACAAUCAUUGUUAUUGGAAUGUUGGCCAGCUUGUUGUCUGGUGUCCUGGCACUUUUAGCGUCUGGUAAAAUGGGAUAUAAAUACCAACAGCGUCAUAACGAACAAAUGAACGGCUAUGGUAGAAGUGUUUACAAGUCACCGUACUCCCUGUUUUUAACCGGAAGUGGCGGAAUGAUUGCUUGCCUAAUAACCUUUGUUCUGGUUUUAGAGAUUCAUAUAUUCUUAAAGAAGUUGUAUGCUAGUGGAAAGCAAUAUAUAAAAUCUGAACAAGCAAUGGUUGCAAUGGCUAACACAGAUACUCCAUAUUCCACUAGUCGGCCAAAUGAAAGUUCUAGUAGCAAUAGUACGAUUAAUACGGUCGCUUCUGUGGCGACCACAGAAAAUUCAAGUACUUCUCAGGAAUACAAAUCAAACAGGAAUGAAAACACGUACAUGUACGCUUGGCCUUCGACUGAAGGUAGGCGUGGUUCGAAACCUGUCCCGGAGUCAAGUGCUGUAGCUGAUUCAACUAUCUAUACUGAUGACUUCACAGGCGAUCCUGAAUACAAGAAUGUUGUGCUGGCUAAUGGACAACAUUUUAUUAUGAACAACAUUUAUAAUAUAUAAACAAAAAAGUACAUGAUA